AUGGUAGCCUCAGAACUCACAGCCGGGUUCACGCUCCCAACUACUGGAAGCUCUGCAGCGCUGUCAAGUUUACAACCACAGGAGGAUGAAAAACUUUGGACUAGAAUCCUUUCUGAAGUCAGUUCGAAGUCUUCGUCGACUUUUCAAGGUGGUACGCUUAUCAUUCUUGGUGAAAAUCAAUCCGGGAAAUCUUCACUGCUUGCUCGGUUAGAAAAGAACGAGAGUCAGGGAGAAAGAUCAGCACUUGAAUACCACUUUCUGAACGUGCAAAAUGAUUUUCGGGAUGGCAGUUAUGCAUAUCAGCUGGGUACUGCUGGCGGACUCGGUCCGGCUGAGAAUUUCAGUCUACCGGUUUGGAUGCUGGACGGAGAUGAGUGUUUUGCUCCACUCAUCCAGUACGCACUUCCUUUACCUUCUCCAUCGAAAACGGUUGUUCUUCUGGUCGCUGCAUUAGACAAUCCUAGCCUCAUCCAUUCUAUUCGUCGUUGGGCAAACGUCAUCGCCCAACAGGUAAUUCAAAAAUACGACACAAACACCAUUACGGAGGCCAGAAAAAUGCAGGAACGAUUCUGGCAGGAAUACGUUGAACCUGUGGAGUCGUCGAUGACGUCUUCAAUGGCUCCUGGCGGAUUAGACGACGCUGGUCUAUUGCCACUGGAACAAGGAGUGCUGACCGAGAAUUGCGGUGUCAGCUUUGUCGUGGUCAUUACAAAAAGUGACCUAUGCAGCGAUUUCACCGACCAACAAGCUGACCGUAUUCUCGUGCAGGUUCGAAGGCUCUGCCUUCAGCUAGGUGCUGCUUUGGUUUACACGAGCGCUAAAAAUGUGAAGAAUAUUCAGAUGCUUUACAAAUACAUCGUGCAUAGAGCUUACGGUUUUCCAUUCACAAGCACUGCACAGUUAAUCGAAAGAGAUUCAAUAUUUGUACCUGCUGGUUGGGAUGGGGAGAAAAAGAUAGAAAUUGUGAAGGAAGGUCUUCCUGAUAUCGACAACGUUCUUGAACCAACACGAGAAAAGCCAACGAUAAUCAGGGAGCAACUUGUGGAGGCCGAAGAUGAGCAGGUCUUUCUCCAACGGCUUGCUGCAGCAGAAAGUGCUGCACCUGCAGCACAGAAAAAAUCUAGUCUUUUGGAUGACGCUGCGGACAAUAAAACGCCAUUAUCUAGCUUCUUCUCGAAUCUUCUGAAGGAUAAACCGAAUGUGGUGAAAACAUCCGCACCACCUCCUGACACAGCUGUGCAACUGGAUCGCAUACUGAAAAGUGCUACAGGACAACAAAGUCAAACAAAUACUGACAGUUCUGCAUGA